AUCAAUUGAUUGUAUCGAUUCUGCAAACAAAUGGUUGAUUAUAUCGAUUGUGUGAACCCGAAGGCCGGUGACGACGAACGACUGGCCCUAUCGGACCGUUUUGUACGCGAAGGCCUCGACGUCCAGGUGCUCACAGACGGCCAAAAGUUGCCGCACGUGUGGCAAUGGCUGACCGACGCCGAGUCCAACUGCCUGUCCCUCAGGCGACAGAUCGACAAAUUGCAUCGACAACACGAACAGGACCUUAAGGAGGUGGAAGAAUAUUUAGAACAAGUGUGGAAAUUAUCCAACGAUCGACUCCAGCAACUCGACAGUGAGAACCGGCGCCUGAAAAAGCAAAUACUUGUGAAUAAAAACAAUAAUAACAAUACAAAUAAUCUAUCGGAAUCUCAAUCACAAUGCGAUGAAUUGGAAAAACAAUUACUGAGAGUCAGUGACCAAAACGGCCGGCCAUUGACCGACAGUCAGUCAUCGGAAACGUCGGACAGUCCUGUCGUCGAUUACCCCCAACAGCGACGGCGACCAUCGGUGGGGCCGACGCCUAAUGGGGGGUCCGAUAGGGAGAGACGUCUGGAGCUGGAGUUGAGCCAAAGGGUUAAGGAGUUGUCGGAGUUGUCCGCGAAGUAUAGUCGACGAAAGCAACGGCACCGGGAGAUGGUAUCCAGGCUUAGAGAGUAUGUGUCGAAAGAGAACCGCGAAUUGAAUACAUUAUUGCAUUCAUUGGAUGUAAAGUACAGGGCGUCCGAAGAAGAGCUACAGAAGCACCGAAAGUAUUGUCGCAUUCAAGAGAUUACGGCUAUUAAUGAUAUCCAAUGA